AUGGUGCGCUUUGGAACAUCAGUACAAAAGUCAAACGAGCCAGCGUGGCAGGAUGUCGGCUCCAAUGUUUUGCGGAUGGACCACUUGUACGACGCCUCCUUCCACGACUGGCUCAAAUGCGAGGAUAAUGUGUCGAUUAUCGCAAACUACCUUCAGCGCAUCGCCAACGAGUACCCGAUGGACCGCAUCAUCAACGCUCUGCGGUGGCUGGUUUCGUCGUGGAGGGUAGAGUCCACUGCUGUUAUUGUCAGGCAUAUCACCGCCGACUGGGCUGUGCCGCAAUCCACCGCAAAGAAUGCCGCCGCUCCCUUCCGCCUCGACACGUCCACAGCUGCCGCCCACGCUGCUGACCCAGCCGUCAUCGCAGGCGAGACACGGCGAGGUGUCUUGGUUCGCGAGCUCACAAAGGACUGGACCUGCCAGCAGAUUGCCCAGCUUGUUGGCAUGCUGUCGCUGACCUUUUGGCGUGAGCGCCCUUUGCUUGAAGCCUUCCUGCGCGCACUGGUCUCGGACUGGGACUUUUGCCGUCUCUCUAGCUUUUUCUCAUACAUUAGUGGCCAGCUGGGUCUUGACUACCGUGUCAAGGUAUCGAUGCUCCAGCAGGCUGCCCGCCGCAAUGCUGCCCGCCCUUCGCUGAAGCGUAACCGCAACAGCUCAGGUAAGGCCCCCGCGACAGCAGCAGUAGCAACGGCAAUGACGACAACAACAGAUACAGAAACAGCUCAAGUUCCGCCAACAGAACCUCGCAGGGACGACACAGACAUUGUUGAGGAUGACGCGAAGCGCGCGCGAUUAGCACCCACCAGCGAUGAUGAUUCUGCCUCUUCGUCAUCCUCAUCCAUUGGCCAGCCGCGCCGCUGCGGCUCGUCUACUGCGGGAACUGCGUCUCCGGCGGCCAUGUCCGCCGCUACUGUCGCACAUGCACCUGACGUUGAUUGUGGCCCGCAUAGGCGCCUUGGCGCAGGACUGGGUGAUCGGCGACGCUCGCCGACAACAACAGCCGAGGCGUCGACCUGCCCUGCCGGCUUCUUCGGCAACAGUCCCCAGGCAUUCCGCCCUGCCCUCGCGUGCCACGACAUCAACCAGGCCUCGCACAUUGCGGGCUCGUCGACGACGCCUUCGUCCCCAACACCGGAACCAGUGCGCAACCACACUCCCCAGCUGUCAACUGCGUCGCCACCAUCAUCCAUUGUUGCCAGCGACGAAAAGUGCAGCCGCAGCCCAACCGCAAGCUCGCCGCGUGCUUCAGUUGCUGCUCGUCGCCGCAGGGAGCAGCUACAGAUGAUUCAAACUAACCGGACCCGUCGGUACUCGCGCAGCAACGGAGGCGCUCGACGCGAUGCAAGGCGGCAGGACGUUGUUGCUCGGCGCCCGCUUACCCCACAAAUAUCAUCCAGCAUGUUUCUGAGCUCAGGUUCGAGGCCUACAACUGAGCGUCGUCGCAACAGCAACCUCCACCACCGCCAUCUCCAUCACCCAAUUCCAAACAGCACCAGCAGCGGAUUUUCUGCCUACCAGUAUCACGACCAGCAGCAGCAGCCGCUGACCCCACCACACAUGUCGACAUCCUCGUCGUCCAUGUCUCCGCUCAAUGUGACCUCGGCGCCAUUCCUGCAGCAGCCAGGCUCGCCUACCAUUAGCACAUCCACCACCACCACCCCUGCACCACGGCCACCUCUGCGGAUGCACGCAGCAAGUAUCGGCGCAAACUCAGGCUCGUCGCCGUCCCUUGCACAGCAGCAGGGCCUUGUCGCCAGCAGCUUUCACCACCAGUUUCACCACCGCUCGCACCACCACCACAGCGGCAGCACAGUGGUUGCCGGGCUCAUCCACUCAACGCAACCGCCCGCAAUGCUAAGCAGCAGCACAUCAGUGAUUGCCGCAACAAACAAUGUAACCCCGUCACCAGUCACGGCGGCAUCGCGGCAGCCUAUUCCGACCCCCCAAUCAAGCAUCGUCCAAACAAUCGCUGUGCAACCACAGGAACAUGAGGACAGCGCUGCGAUGCUCCAGCAGCAGCCGUCGCAGCAGCAGCAGGGGUUUCGGUCUCGCACGACCAGUGAGAGCGAGCUAGCGCAGUUUGACGCCUCGUCGAUGCACCACCGCCAUCACCAUCACCACCAUACCACCUCGACACGCUACGACAUGCUUGGCAUCGUCAUGUCCACGGGCUCGGCCAAUGGCUCGGCGGGCGCAGCAACAGUCGCAGUGGCGCGCACGGUGUCAAUCGUUGCAGGUGACGCUGAUGGCCACCACCACCAGUCCGAGACUGCCGCCCACUGA